AAGUGACAUAGACAGUCAUAAGACAAGACUUAAAAUUAAGAUACACUACACUGACUACAGAACAGAAGUAGUUGACAGAACGUCAGAGGAUUAAGAAGUGCCAGCCUAAAUUUACUAAAGUCCUAAAGUUAAAGCCUAACCUAAGGCUUAAGUUAAGACCCUGACAACAGGAUGAAACAGCUGUCCGACAGUUAAACAAGUAUUAUAUGAGCCUUUUUUUAGACGCCUACAAAAAUUGACUUAGAAGCAACAUUUUUAUGUUGACAGCAAUCCAAUUUGAAAACAAAUGUAUGAUGAAGGUUGGCAGCAACAGAUUAAUGGAAAGCUUUUCAAAUGAUGAGACCUAAUAUUAAACGAAGAAAGUCGAGAUCUUCAUUGAGGAUUUGUGAAGAAAAAUUCUUGUGCAGUUCAAUUGACCCAAAAGCUAAGUAUUACUGUGAAGACUGCAAGACAGCUCAGUGCCAAGAAUGUGUAGUUGAACUUCAUAAGUCUAAGCUCAAAUACGACUUUCACAAAUGGCGACCACUGGGUGAGGAAGAUGAGUCGAGAUUGUGCCAAGCAAAGAAAAUAAGCUUAGUUUGUCAGGACAAGAACUACCCAGACGUGUGGUGUGAAAACUGCAAGAUCCAGCUGUGUUAUCCUUGUUUUGAUCAGUAUCACAGUAUUGAUAAGAGGAAAAAUCACAUCAACGUCUCUAUUGCCUACCACCUGAGAAAGGAGAAAGAGCUGAAAGAAGCUGAAAACCACAGCUCCACAGAGCUGUACCACAGCUCCACGGAGCUGUAUCAGGACGCUGUGGCUGAUAUGAUACAGCCAGUGGUUCCUUAUGCUACAUUUGGUGGGGAUAACUCAAUGACAUUUUAUUCCUUUCCACAAUCCAUAGACAGCACUAGAAACAAUAUGGCCUUCACCUCUAGCAACACAAGCAUCCAUUCUGACCAUAGUAAUAGAAGCAUUCCGGAUCUGUGUCUUGGAGUUCAAGGGGGUGUCAGUCUAGGAAAGAGUGAUGUGGAUGACAGCAACUAUUUAUUAACUAUACACAGUUUCCUUUUAGUUGAUGAUCAAGAAAUUUUACAGGUUGGCUCGCAACAAGAGUUUCUAGAAAAACUUGGCUGUGAUAAAAAUGACACAUUCAAAGUUGUAUCUGUGUUUGGUAACACUGGAGAUGGGAAAUCCCACACUCUCAACCAUGUAUUCUUUGAAGGCCGAGAGAUAUUCAAGACUUCCCCUAGUCAGUCCUCCUGUACACUGGGUGUGUGGUGUGCCCUGGCUGCACAGAAUAAAACCAUUGUCUUGGAUACGGAAGGCUUGCUUGGUUCAUCAUCCAAUGAGAAUCAGCGCACAAGGCUUUUGCUGAAAAUUCUGGCUGUGUCAGAUAUUGUCAUCUAUCGUACCAGGGCAGAGAGACUUCACAAUGACAUGUUUGUAUUCCUGAGCAGUGCCUCCAAGGCUUACUGCAACUAUUUUAAGGACGAGUUAACUAAUACAUCUAAGAAGAACAACAUCUCCACCUCUAGUCUUGGUCCUUCAUUAAUUGUCUUUCAAGAAACUCUACACACAGAGCCCUUGAGAGGCACUAAAGAAAGUCCAGCUAAUGCUGUAUUGAGAGGUAUGUUCUAUGAGUCCAAAAACCCAGUUGAUGCUUUUCAUGAAACAUUACACUAUGUGGGUAUAAGAACAACCAAACCACCUACAAAUUUCUCCAAGCUGAAAGAGUGUAUACACCAGCGACUGGGGGACAACUCUGUUAGGGCAAGCAGGAGACCAGAGAUCAUUUUUCAGUCUUUGAAGGCACUGAAUGACAAGUUCAGUGGUAAAAUUGAGACGCCACAGUUCAACACAUUUCCAGAUGAAUACUUCACUUGCACUAGUAAAUGUAUGGCUUGCAAGUCCAGAUGUAAAUUAAAUAUGAACCAUGAUGCAGACUCUGAGCCCCAUGAUGCUGGGAGAGAUGUGUUAUGUGAAUAUCAAAGUCAAUAUGGAAACAAAGUCUUCAUGUGUAAGAAAUGUUUGAGCAACAAGAAGAAGGUGAUAGUCGUUCCCAAAACUUCUUCCUCAUCAGAUAGUUCGUGGCUGGGACUAACUAAAUAUAUCUGGUCAGGCUAUGUGUAUGAAUGUCCAAACUGUGGGAUUAUAUACAGAAGUCGAGAACAUUGGUAUGGGAAUGAAGAAGAGGAGAAAGCUCUGCAUGUAGAGUACAGACAUGUUUGGCCACAGGGUCCAACAGGGCUCGAAGGCUCCCACAAUGCAGCCCGUAAAGUUAUUGAUGGAUUUCACUAUGUUGCCAACACCAUCAGCAGUGUUGGAGCCAGGCCGACAAAGUACCUAGGAGAGUGGACAGCUGACCAGAUCAACCCAUCUUACUGGGUGCCCAACAGUGAAAUUAUCAAAUGUUCUAAUCCAGAAUGCCAGAUUUUGUUUGAUUGUGCAGAACAAAAACAUCAUUGCCGAGCCUGUGGCAAAGGUUUCUGCUCGGAGUGCUCUAGUAAGAAGAGGCCAGUACCAGAAAGAGGCUGGGGUGAUGAACCCGUCAGAGUUUGUGAUUCCUGUUAUUCCAGUAGUGAAACCGAAGCAGUGGUUGACUCAGAAGGAACAGCUUUGACCGCUAGAAAAGUAGGAGAAGCUGUUACUAUGACAUUUAGUGUUGUGGCCUCAGCACUGGACUAUCCAAUAGGAAUUAUCAAGAGUUCUGCUAGGCCUGCUUACUGGACACCUGAUGAACAGAUCAAAGCUUGCUGUGUCUGUGAACAAAAUUUUGGACCCCGUCUGGCUAUACACCACUGCCGCGCAUGUGGACAGGGUGUGUGUGAAAACUGUUCUCCUAACAAGAGGCCUGUCCCCCUGCGAGGCUGGGACUAUGCAGUUCGUGUGUGCACUAGGUGCGAGAAGAAGAAGGAUGUUAUGUAAACUUUUUUUUUUUCUUGUUUUCUUUGAUUGUUUUGUUUACUUUGUUGAUUGAUUAAAAAUAGCCAACUUGAAAAUAAUUGUUUAGUUUAAAAAUGAUCUUUUGGGUUAUUUUUAUGACUUGUUUUUUACCAAAUUGUUGAAUGUCAUACAUUUGAUAUCUUUCUGAAAAGAACAAGGUCAAGCUGUGUGUCACAUGACAGCAGGCUUGACAUAGUAGAAAACAGUUUCAGAAUUGUUUGUUCCUUUUUUUUUCCUGUCCAAACAUUCUUUUGGUAGCCAAUCUUCUACAUCCCCAUUCUUUUAUGUUCAAGAUAAAUUGUUAUGAUAUAUGAUCACUUCUGAUGUUGAUUGUUCAUCUUUUUAAAUAGACCAGUUUGGCAGUUAGUCUCUCUUUUGCUUUUGCCAUUACAACCCUAAAAAUGAAGUGCACUAUGACAUAGAAUCUUAUUGCCCAAUUUAACUAUUUGAAGUAUUUGUAAAUAUAAGUAAUGCAUUUUUAUAAGAAAAUCUAUUUGUAUUAUAGCGCCAUGUAUAAAAAUAUGAGCUAAGACCAUGGUAGGUGAUUUCAGUCUGGGCCAGACAGGUUGAUAAGUCUCAAUGGCCUUCUUCUUUCUCAUUCUGGACUUGGGGCUAGACAGGUUGAUAAGUCUCAAUGUCCUUCCUUCUCAUUCUGAACUUGGGAUCUGCAACAAUAACAAUAUGGUUUGAAAGUUUGUUGUAGUCUUGCCACUUUUCAAUCAUGCCAAGUCAUUCUUAUUGUGAUAUAUCUUUCCUAUCUUCUUCUAGCCAGCUUUUGGCUGCUGUUCUGUAGGCUCUUUUGCAGUCAAUGAUGUCUUUACUAUAUACAUUAGAAAUGUUGCACAAGACAGCUAAUUCUGAAAGAAAUAUAUUUCAUUCUCCUAAUUUGAAUAUGACUCGAUAUUCUUAUUUACUGCCAAAACUUUUGUUCAUGCUUUCAUUCUGUACAAUAUUUGUUGUUUCCACAAUGUUAUCUGAUAGAAAUAUCCCACUUUAGAAUGUUCAUUCAUUAUAGGCUUGUAUUUUGAAGAAUGUUCAAAUAAAUCUUGAUUAUCCUCUCCAGGCAAUAUUCAUUCUAAGAAACAUUGGCUUCUGUUUAAAUUUGGAUUUGUAAACAAAAUAAUUAUUGUUUGAGAUUAUAAGAUUUUUGUUGCUUUGGCAUUUUAUUUGCAUUUUCAUUUUUCUUAUGGUUUGUUUCAAACAUUUUCUAUCAGUAAUUCCAUAUUUUUCUUUUUUGUUUUCCUAAUAAAAAAUAUUUUUCCCUUGUUAACAGUAAUGGAUAAAAGCGAUACCUUUUUUUUCAAUGGCUGUGAGUGACAAUAAUUUUUUAUUUAAUGUUCAUCUUGUUUGUUUUUUUUUCUAACUAUAUCAAAGCAUUUGUUAUAUGUUACCAUAGAUUUUUCAUUACAAUGUUCAUGAGAAAAAGCAAAAACUUUUAAAUAAAGGACAAAAAAAAAAAAAAAAAGCAAAUAUCCCACUAAGUUGUCAUUAGGAUUGUUUUAAAAAAAAUAGGCUUAAUUAGAUCUAGACUCAUGCACAAUAAAGAUACAAAAUUGAAAUAAUGACAAAAUUGAACUAAAUCCCAGUCAUGCAGUUUGUUCACAAUAAGGAUUUUGUAAUUUAAAAAAAACUCUAUAGACCAAUGCUUAGUAUGCUUUGUUUCUUGGAUCUAUAACAGAUAAUACAAUUUUCUACCAUAGUUAACUCUUGAUAGUCUGAACAUUACAGGGCUGGUUGGGUGUCAGAUUGCCAAAAAACAUACGAUUACCAAAGGUUGGUUGUAUUUCACAGAAUUUACCUGUAUAUGUCUAUAAAAUUGUAAUUGUAAUGAAAUAUUCUUUUAACUUUGAAGUUUAUAAAAUAAAAAAUAGACAAAAAAGAACAAUGUAUUUAUUUAAAUAUACAACUGUGGGCCUCAGAAACAGGACCUUUAUAUCCUCUGCCUCAUAUAUUGCAAAGUCAGAAAGGGGGAACUUUACUGUUAGAAAAU